AUGUCGGUUGAUAAGACAGCCACAGAGGUUGAGCGAGCAUACGACGACAAGCACGACGUGAUCAACGACAAAUAUGCUCACGAAGAAACGCUCAAUCAGAUGAAGCAAGAAGCCACCCAUGCCAACGUUGACGAGAAGAAGCUGCUCCUGAAGACUGAUCUUCAUGUCGUUCCUAUUCUGUUCCUACUUUUCCUUUGCGCUUUCAUUGAUCGAAUCAAUAUUGGCAAUGCCCGUAUCCAAGGACUCGAGAAGGAUCUUAAGAUGAAGGGUGUGGAUUACAACAUUGCUCUUUUCACCUUCUUCAUUCUCUACAUUCUCCUAGAAGUGCCAUCGAAUAUCAUCCUCAAGAAGAUGCGGCCCAGCAUCUUUCUCUCCUCGAUCAUGCUUUGUUGGGGAAUUGUCACGAUCGGUCAGGGCUGUACGCAGUCAUUCGGCGGACUCGUUGGCUGUCGCGUUAUCAUUGGUGCGCUCGAAGCAGGAUUCUUCCCAGGCUCGGUCUAUCUAAUCAGUAUGUUCUACAAAAGACAUGAGCUCCAGUGGCGCAUCAACUUGUUCUUCUCGGCGUCCAUCAUCGCUGGUGCCUUUUCAGGCUUGCUUGCGUACGCUAUCGCGCACAUGGACGGUGUCGCGGGCUACGGUGGCUGGAGGUGGAUAUUCAUUAUCGAAGGACUCGCUACUGUCGUGAUCGCUGCCGCAUCCUACUUCUUGGUCCCUGACUGGCCUGAAACCGCCAAAUUCUACACAGAAGAAGAACGAGCUUUCUGGAUCCGCAGACUGGCGCUGGACAAUGAGGACACCAGCAUGUCGCACUGGGACAAGAAGACUGCUCGCCGCGUGUUCGGCGAUAUCAAGAUCUACCUCGGAACUGCCAUGUAUAUGGGCAUCGUGACCACUGGCUACUCUGGAAGUUUCUUCACACCAACAAUCUUAAAACAACUUGGCUGGACUUCAAUCCGCGCCCAAGUCAUGUCGAUCCCGAUCUUCAUCGUUGCCACCGUCCUCGCCCUUUCCGCUGCCCUACUGUCCGAUCGCAUCAAGCACCGGUUCGGCUUCAUCAUAUUCGGCUGUUGUGUGGCCACCACCGGCUACGCCAUUUUGCUGAACAUGCACCACGUUGCGGUUGGCGUCCGCUACUUCGCCGUUUUCCUCAUCGUAGGAGGCGGGUACAUUGCGCAGCCCAUCACUCUGGUCUGGUUGAACAACAAUCUUGGCGGGCACUACAAGCGUGGUGUGGGUGCGGCGAUGCAGGUUGGGAUCGGCAACAUUGGUGGAAUCAUUGCAAGCAAUAUCUUCUUACAAUCAGAGGCACCCACGUAUCCUACAGGCUUCGGGACGGCACUGGGAAUGAUCUGGCUGUGCGUGAUCAGUGCGUGUCUGUUCUUGGUAUACCUGAUGUACGAGAACAAGGCCCGCGAUCAGGGAAAGCGCGACUGGAGAUACGAAGAGCCUGAGCAUGAGAGGAAGAAUAUGGGAGAUGACUAUCCGAGCUUCAGGUUCACAUACUAA